AUGGCAACAAUUUUCUUGGGAAGUCUGACUGCUGCAGCGAUUUACAAACUCGUCCAGAAGUGGUUUCCAGCUUUCAAAGAGCGAGACAAUGUAAGUAAACUGUUUUUCGGUAUUUUGUUAGGCGUUUUACACAUUUUUUAAUGUCUUACCUUGUGUAAGGUUAUUUUAGGCCACUUUUUAAUUUUUAGGUAACAUAGGUCUAAGAUAAUGUAAAAGUAACCACAAUUGAAUAUUACUUCUAACCUGCCUACCCAUAGUUUAUGUUGUAUUUCAGGCCAUAAAGUACAAGGACGCCCUCGCUUUGGCCAUAGUUACAGUCGAUCCAACAGUUGAACCGUUUAUCCCUUCAGAAUCCGAAAACCAAGCGCUAACCGAACUUUACGACCACGUUUUUCGUCUCAAACAGCCAAGAGUUUGGUCCACUCAGAAGAAGAAGCACAUUCUUUUUGUCAGUGAAGAAUGCCCCGAGAAAAUUAUCUUGUUUAUCAGGAGAUGUGCUCAAGUUACCCCGUUAUUGCGAUUGAGGGCUGCAGAAUCAGAAGAUCCCAAUGAAAGAUUAAAGUAUUUGGCAGCAGGCUUCACUACGGCAAAGGAACACGGAGAAUGCGUCAUUUUGGUUGAGGAUUGCGGUAAGAAAGACGGAUUCAUAUUACUUUAGUCAUCUUCAGAUGCCUAUUUUUCUUCUGAUGCUCCUGUGAUCUACAAUCGUCGAGUUCUCAGGCAAUUCCUCAAUAUUAUGGACUCAUUGGUCAAAGACCGCCGACGGAUCACAAUCAUAGCCAUGACGAAUGGGAAAGGCACUCUUCAGAGCUGGUUCUUACAACGGGUACAACUUGAAGUAAAGUAUGAAAAGUUGAACAAACCGUCGCCCAACGGAAAUUCCACAAGUUCUGCAUGA